CUUUCUAGGGGGAGCUGGAAAAACUAAAUCAAUCUACAGAUGAUAUUAAUCGGAGAGAGACGGAGCUGGAGGAUGCACGCCAGAAGUUCCGCUCUGUGCUGGUUGAAGCAACGGUAAAACUGGAUGAACUGGUGAAGAAGAUUGGAAAAGCUGUAGAAGACUCUAAACCUUACUGGGAAGCUCGGAGGGUGGCCAAGCAGGCACAGCUGGAAGCUCAGAGGGCGACUCAGGAUUUUCAGAGGGCCACUGAAGUGCUGCGUGCUGCAAAAGAGACCAUUUCCCUUGCGGAGCAGAGGCUACUGGAAGAUGACAAACGUCAGUUUGACUCUGCCUGGCAAGAGAUGCUCAACCAUGCUACUCAGAGGGUCAUGGAGGCGGAACAGACCAAAACAAGAAGUGAGUUGGUUCACAAGGAGACUGCAGCCAAAUACAAUGCUGCUAUGGGAAGGAUGAAACAGCUGGAGAAGAAGCUGAAAAGAGCCAUCAAUAAAUCAAAACCUUAUUUUGAACUGAAGGCAAAGUACUAUGUCCAACUAGAGCAACUGAAGAAGAUGGUGGAUGACCUUCAGGCAAAACUGGCCCUGGCAAAGGGAGAGUAUAAGACUGCCCUGAAAAACCUGGAGAUGAUCUCAGAUGAGAUUCACGAGAGGAGACGGUCCACUGCCAUGGGGCCGCGAGGAUGUGGCGUGGGUGCUGAAGGGAGCAAUACCUCUGUGGAAGACCUGUCAGCAAAUAAAUCAGAGUCAGACACCAUCUCCAUGGCUUCAGAAGUGUUUGAGGAUGACAACGGCAGCAGCUUUGUAUCCGAAGAUUCGGAAACUCAGUCAGUGUCCAGCUUCAGCUCCGGCCCUACGAGCCCCUGUGAGGUGUCCACUCAGUUUCCUCCUGCGACGCGACCUGGAAGCCUGGAUCUGCCCAGCUCUGUAUCCCUCUCUGAGUUUGGGAUGAUCUUUCCUGUCCUCGGUCCCCGAAGCGAAUGCAGCGGGGCAUCCUCCCCCGAGUGCGAAGUGGAAAGAGGGGAUAGGGCAGAAGGGGCUGAGAACAAGACAAGCGACAGAGUGAACAAGAACAGGAGCAGCAACAGGAGCAGCUCCACUGAAGGGCUGGCUUUGGAUAACCGGCUGAAGCAGCUCUCCCUUCAGUGCAUGAAAAUCAAAGAGGGAAUAUGCGCAGGCAGAAAAGCUGCCCAGAUUGGCUGAGUCCUCCUUGUGCCCUGUCCUGAUUAAUGGGGGUAUAAAUAUUUAUACAUGAACUUCUAAGUGUUUGAAGAACAUUGUGCCAAUAAUAUAUGCCAAAUCUUAAGCGUUUAAGAAUUUAAAACUGCACUAAGAAGUCUAAUUGAUGUGGAGGGCUGAAGUUUUUAUUCAGUAAAUCCUUUGUAGGCUGGACAAGUUAUCAAAUGUUUAAGCUGUGCUCCUAUUUCACAGACUUGUAAAUUGUUUUGUAGCAGCCUGGCUGAAGCAAUAACUCGUUAUGUUCCUGUGUAAAUUCAUGCCAGAAGGGGGUCUGAAAUUCAAGCCAGACAUUUGCAGAGGGCGGUUUGGCUUCGGUUUUGUAGAAUGAAAUGCUCUUUAGAUACAGUGGAUCUCUUGAGUAUAAGUGGCAUAUACUUUAAACAUCUGUAUUUGUCUGUAUUAUGCUGAAACUGUAGAAAUAUUUUGUAUACAGGAAAGCUGUUGCAUGUGUGGGGUCUAAAAGCCUUCACUCUUCCCUUGGUGCUCACAGAAAGGGUAAAGAUGAGUCAUGCCUAUAAAAACGGGCGGCAAGAGACAGACAGACAGACAGAGAGGGGGCUGCUAACGCUCAGUGGUGGUAGGCCCUUUGUAGCCACCUUCCUAAGUCUGUCUUGGACUCCGAGGGUGAUGCCAGUGACCAAAAAGAGUUGGUUGGCCCCUUGCCCUUCCCCUCCCCUGAAAAGUGAAGUAUUAUUUUUCAGCACUUUAAGUGUUUUUUUUCGCUCAAAAAUGGGAGUCAUAGAUGUUUUCAGGACCGUUAUGAUAAGGGGUUUGCCCUUGAAAUAUGCAUGAAGAAAAGGAAUUGCCAGUGUAGAUUGACGAUGUGUUCUUAAGUUUCCCCGUAGGUUGUACUGUGUGGGGUUUUAUAACUGUUAAAGGGACUUGGGAUUUUAGUAUGCACUAGAGAAAGUGUUCAAUAAGACUAGAAAGGGCACAGGCAUGUUUUGCCAGCAGCUGUUAGGCAGUAGUAGUGUCUGGUAAUUAUGCUAAUAAGUGGUAGUAAAAAUCCUAGGACUCUUCAGUUUUGGUGGCUAAGCAUUUCUGAAAGCACCAUUUUAUCUAAGAUGUCAGUUUAUAUUGUUAAUUUGAUGGGAAUUUUAGUAUUGCCCCCCAAGUAUUUUCUAUUCUAUGCUUUUGCAGUCCUGUUGUAUUUUGUCCCUGCCACAGCUUGUGUAUCUAUUCUCAAAGUUAAUGUAAAAUUCUUCACACUACAGUAAACGUUUUUGUUUUCCACAUUUUGACUCUGUGCAAGCUAAGUGUAUCUCAAGUGCUAAGAACUGAAUCUUCUGCAGCAAGUUUAGUCUUUAAAUACCCACUUCCAGUCAAAGACUGCAGCCUGCUGUUGCUCUUUGGCAUUAGAUUCCUUUGCAGUAUGUUACCUCCUUCCAGCUUCCUGAAUCCCUGCAUCCACGGUUCACUUUUUUAUUCUGAACUGUGUGAGAUCAUAGCGUUGGUCAAGUUUUCCAAAAUCCCAUGGUAUGCAGGAGAGGAAGGCAUUUCGUUACUGAACACCUCUGUACUUAAUGCUGCUGAAAUCUGCUGUAAGGCCAUGCAGAACUGGAGGUAAAGAAACUUGUUUUCAUAAACAUUAGAUUCAACACACUGUAGCUUUUAAGCUCUAAUAGCUUUAAAUAUUUAUAUAUUUACAUCUUCUGAAAGACUGAACUCUGUCACUACUAGCAUUUCCCAGCCCCAUAAAUGCUUAGGAAAGAAGUCAGCAGUUCCAGCUCCUGGUAUGACCAUUACUUGGGGAAAAGCUGGGAUUGACAGUAUUAAAUAUGAAAUGAAAAGCAGUAGUAGUGCCACGUUGUAUUAAAUGCUUAAACUUCUGUAGUUAAACUACUGUCUGUGCUGUAUACAGUUAGAGAAAUUAGCAGAGGUAUGCGUGGCUGAGUAUCUUAUUUCUGCAGACUUGCCAGUCACCCCUAUUCCAUUGUUCUGGGUUGUUUGGAUGUUUUUUUGAUGGGGUUUGCUGUGUGUGUGGUUGGUUACUUUUUUUAACCUCUCUCGUGUGUGAUCAGAUUUCCUCUCAUCUUGCCAGUUCUGAAUAGAAACCCUAGAAAACUCCCUAGAAAACACUGCAUUUAGGCAGUAAAUUAAUUUCAUAUUCAUCAGGAUAUAAAAAUAGCUGUGUGCGUUGCCUUGCACACAUCCUGAUUGGGUCCAGCUCCCAGCAAGGCAAAUCCAGUGAUCAGGAAGUACGAAGGGUGUGGAACUCACCACACCCUUACUUUUACACCACACUUCUGCAAGAUUUGUUUGAAGAUCUCCCUGAAGCCUUCUUCCUUUGACAACCGCCAGGCUCGGCAGGUAAGUCACCCUUCAAACAUGCAAGCAAAUAGGCACAACUGUGUGUUUAAUAAAUUAAUGGAAAACUCAUUUUAUUUUAAACUUCAUAAAAGCUGUAAUUAUGACAAACUUAAAUGAACAUACAGUUCUAGGGAGUACAGGCAAACGAACAAGCUUUCUCCAGUUACUUUUCUGUUGGAAUUCUUUAUGCAUUCUGAAGUGUAACACAAUGGUAGCUGCCUUCAUGGGUAUAAAAAUAAGCCUCUGGUGUAUCAAAGUAUAUGUGAUCAGUUCAGCUGCCCUGAAGUGAGAAUGUAUGAAGCGAAUGUUAACCUAGGAAUUCUACUUCUCUUUGGUAUUAUCAAACAGUUUAAAUGGCCUUUUUGCCUAAGCGAUGAAAACCUCUACUAUCUGUGCACAAACUUAAUUCCAAAUAGCUGCUGUUCAAGCACCACAGAGAUGGUGUGGUCAGGUGUGUAAUUACUGUACAAAACAGUUACAGAAAACCUCGGCUGAAUGUCAGACUCUGGGGGCAGAUGGGGCAGAAGCUGUUGAUACCAUUCACCCACGGUACCGCCUCUGACAGAGGCUUUGGGAAAUGGGUGGAGCCAGGGGCUGACCUAUGUCACCCUAACCCAACCAAACUGAUGGGGGGGUGUUUGGGUGGGGUCUCACCCUGAGCUAUAAACAGCAGCAUUAAAGCUCCAUACAAGACCCCAUAAAGUAUGACUAAAAAAAACAACCCCCCAAAAAAUAGAGAAAAGGUUUUGCAGUGCCUAAAUAAGGAGAAUGUCAAAACUUCUGAAGAGGCUAUCACCUCAGUUAUCCCUCUGCACCACUGAUCAAGAAUUAAAAAUAAUUUCUUUGUAGUAGUCUUCCCUUAGUGAAUGAAAGAAAAUGUAAAUCCUCUUAAAGCCCCUUACAGCAACUGGCUUUCAUUUUGUCACUUAACCCCCUUGGUCUGUAGCUCAGAACUGCGCAGUUUGUUACAACAACUUUAGGAGCGCAGGAUGCCCAGUGGUGUAUUUUAUGAGGCUUUGUAUUUUAACAUUUGAAAGCUUGAAUUGCUUGUUUACAGGCAGAGAAGACUUAAGGGUCAAGAGGUGCAUGACUGACUGUCUGGAAGUAACACGACUGAUGUACCUGUGGUACAGGCUGAGCUGUUGUACAGCUACUUCAAUUUUUGUACACACAUGCCUUGUAAGUCUUCUGCAUAACACUUCCGUGCUUACAUCAGCAUCUAAUAUUCUGUCAUAGGGAUCAAAAAUGCUACAUAGUGUAGGGGAGAAAAAAGCUUAACCUACCUCUUGGUCUGAGGCGGUGUUAUAAAAUCUAAGGAUCAGUUCAGUCUUCAAUAAUUUUUCCAGAUUUAUUUGUUGAAAAAAUAUAUUCAUUUGACAGAAAAUAUCAAAGCAAGUAUUAAGUGCUUACAUGAACAAUUUUUCCCUAAGAAAAAGGGGCAAGAAAAUUUUGUUGUAAAAUUACUUUGCCGCAACCAGAACCUGCAGACUUUUAAGAAUGUUUUGCGUUUCCUUUUAAACACUCCACCUGUGUGUUCUGUCUUACAUCUGAAGGGUGAGGCACAGCGAUGGUAUUUCAGGUAGCUUGUGUAGCUGCAGUGUUUGAACAGGACCUGCCUUAUAAAGGGCACUGAGCAGUUAUCCGGUGUAGUUACAGGGAUGAGCCCAAUCCCCUGACUGUACUGUAUGUGUGUAGGAAGUGUGAGCAUAUCCUGGCAGGGACAGGAUCCUUUGUCCUUAAUGCCUUUCUCUGGCAUUGAGCACAUUCCUUGCUUUUAGUUCAGUGCAGUAUGGAAGUUGAGCCUUAUGCUCGUUUCACCCAGCAUAAGCUUUUGGCACAAACUUGUGCCUGGGAGAGAAAAAA